AUGAGAUAUACCUGGGGUCUGAUUGCAGGAGUUGUUGCCUCGCAGGAUUCCGAUGCAGUUGAUGUGACCCGAAUUGAAACCUGUGUCAAAUGGUGUGUCGCAAACAACCUAGGCGUGUCCGACUGCAUUGUGCCAGCUGUGAAAUACCAAGGACUCUGCUUUGAGUGCGGGCCCGCCAAAACCAACCCUUUUGAGCAGCUCUGCAGCGGGAAAUGCGUGAACACCGCAACCGAUGCGGGCAAUUGCGGUGGAUGCGGCAACACGUGUGCCUCUGGAACUUGCUGCGGUGCUAGCUGCUCAAGCAAUGCCGGCCUCCAAUGGGCCCACUAUCAGAAUCUGUACCCUCGAACGCAGUCAUAUUGGCCCAAUUUCGACCCCACGGGAGUAAAGAGCUUGACAGGAGACUAUAACAGCACCACAACAUCCGUUGGAUUGUACGCAUAUAACCCAAGUGCGCAGAUUUCCAUCUAUGGCUCUCAACAAACCUUCCCGGCUACCGAAUUCAUCCUUAACCAUCGCGGAUAUCUCUACGCUCAGCAAAAUGGCACUUAUACUAUUUCCACCACAGCAGACUAUGACAUUAUGAUCGUCUGGUUGGGUCCACUAGCAUACAGCGGCUGGACUAGGAGCAAUGCCAACCUUGAAAGUGCCUUCCCCACUGUCCAAACAGUCACCUAUACAUCGAGUUUGGUCCAGGGACAAUACUACCCGCUCCGGCUUAUGUUCGCUAAUGCUGGAGGUGCGGGUAUUGAGAACAUCACUAUCACGGAUCCUAGUGGAGCGGUCAUUCUGGGAGCAAGCACGACUGCCAAUCCGUCCGUGAUUCAAUACUCGUGCGAUGGUACCACGGCUCCUCGUUACCCACUUUUUGGACAGGAAACCUGA